UAAACAUUAAAACGUGUAGCAAGUGGUUGCCGGCUAGAUGCACCAAUCAAAUGUUCUGUUACAAAUUUUCUGCUCCAUUGAUUUCCAGAAAAUGUCUUCAUUAGUUGCAGAUUACGGCACUGACAGCGAUUCCGAUGUAAAUUCUGAGCCUGAUACGAAAGUGAAUACAGUGCAGUCUGAAGAUGUACAACCUCCGCAGAAUUACCUCAUUGCCAAUAGCGAAACAGACAGUUCAGAAGAUGAGGAAGAAGAGGGAAGCUCAUCUGAAGUGAAAAGAGAGAAGUUGCCAAACCCUCUGAUGGAAAAACUUCCAACACCAGACCUUGGAACUGAUACAAAGUUACCUAUCCACAAAUCUACAGAAGGACGUGGUUCUGUCUUUGCAAAUCCAUUCGAAACUGCAGAAAUGGUGAAACAGUCCAUCCUAGAAAAACACGUAAAGAUGACUGAAGCUCAACUAGCAACCGGAAAGAAAGCAAAAAUUUGUAAAGCAUUUAAACAAGGCCGGUGUCGCUUUGGUAAAAACUGCAAGUUUUCACAUGAUCUAGAUGCAAAUUUGUCUUUGAGAUAUAAACAAGAGGACAGUGUGCAAGAUGGUGCUGAUAUUUCAUCAGGUCAAACAGAACAAUCAAGUAUUCCAAAAGGUCUUCGUUUGCCACCGCCACCUAAACAGCAGCAAGGGUUUAUGGGAACUGUAGAUACAUUACAUGGGGGACCAAAACAUGUUUCGACACAUCAGCAGCGUGUUCAGUAUGUACAGCAGCAAAGGUACAUGAGUACUGCUGAUGUGGAGGACGAUGAUAAGUUUAAUGUUGGUGACAAGAGAAAACAACGUGUAGGGUUGGCACAAUCACUAGUUCCUCCGAAAAAGGCCAUGUCAUCGUUAACAAGACAACGAAUGGAAGAACGUCCCUGGACACUAGGAAAGAAUUAAUAAUUCCUUAAGGAAAGAAUUUAUAAUUCCUUAAAGGACAGUUUUUAAGUUGUUUACUCCAAAGCUUCUUUGCGUGUUUGAAGUAAACAUGUGUUACGGCCUGAUGUUCUUGUUCGUCUGUAUAAGACCUAUUUAAGAAAAAGUUUUUUAAAUCUUCUCUUAUAAAAGCUAAAACAGUUAUGUAUGUAUCUUACUAUAAUUUGCCUUAACAAAAGUUAUAUAAAUCAUGGGCUUUGGGUAAAAAAGUUGCCAAACACCCAUGGAAUCACUUAAAAAGUUACAUUUACUUUAUUGUAUAGAAAGAAGCUUUUUGAAAUUACAAGUCUUUUAAUGCUAAAAUGAAGAAAAGUGGGUUUCUACCAAUUUACAUAAAUUACAGUUUGUGGGACGCUUGGAAAUGUUUAGAUCACUUUUUUCCAUUUACUCAGAUGAGCAAUAUAGCCCAUUUUGGCUUCUUGUUGUAAGAAUAUGAGGCUAUUAUAAGAUUAUAAUGAAUUGGGUUUU